AUGUUCCCCUCACAAGCCGCCAACUUCAACAUUGAGGCACUGAGUGGGAUCUGUGGGUCCAUCUCAAUUGCCUGCUGGGUUGUAGUCUUCUCUCCGCAGAUCAUUGAGAACUUUCGACGCGGCUCUGCAGAUGGACUGUCGCUUCUUUUCCUCAUCAUCUGGCUGGCUGGCGAUGUCUUCAAUAUCCUUGGAGCCGUCCUGCAGGGUGUGCUACCAACGAUGGUAAUUCUAGCGGUGUACUACACUCUUGCAGAUAUUGUACUGCUUGGUCAGUGUUUCUACUAUCGAGGGUUCAAUAUCAGAGGUGAACUGUCUUCGUCUCCUUCUCCAGAGCGCGAACCCGUCGCAACUGGCGCGUUGGACAGCGAAGAAAGCGGUACCGAAGCCGCAUCUCAACCGACCGAACGAUCAGUAUUGCUGCCGAAACCUAACGGCCACGUUCAUAUCAUCCAAGAAUCUGCCGAAGCUGGGCGCAGUAGACGUCGGUCCAGCGAUGGUGCUCGCCCAGUAUCAUCAUCGUUGACGCACGGGAGAAGACACUCAGUCACUUCUAUCAGGGAUAUUUUGCAUACCCACGUUGAUGGUACCCAUUUAUCGCCUGCAACACCCUUCAUUGAUACCGUCUCUGACGCCGUUCGCUCCCAAAGGCGGCGCCAUCGUAUCUCAACCAUUCAAGCCAUUCUUUUCAACACCACAGCGAUCGCCCUUGUAUGCACUGCUGGAGUCUUGGGCUGGUAUGUCACCCCUCGGUCGAAAACACUGAAUGCAGACCCUGAGCCCCUCACCAUGGAUCCCCUUGGCCAGGUGUUCGGGUACUUGUGUGCUGUGUUGUACCUGGGCUCGCGACUUCCUCAGCUGUUGCUCAACUACCGCCGCAAGUCUACAGAUGGAGUGUCACUACUUUUCUUCCUGUUCGCCUGUAUCGGAAACUUGACUUAUGUCCUAUCUAUCAUGGCGUAUUCCCCAAUUUGCCAAGGUCCAUCAGAAAUCACGGAUGUAUUUGAUGUUUCAUCUCACCGCCGCCAUCGUCCGCAUUGUCAGCCUGGAGAGGCUGCAUCCCUCUAUGGACGGUACGUUCUCGUAAACCUAUCCUGGUUGGUGGGCAGUUUUGGGACACUGUUGCUCGAUAUGGCCAUUUUUGUACAAUUUUUCUUGUACAAAGACGGGAAAGCAGCCCUCUAA